GAGAAGAGAGAGAGGGAGAGAAGAGGAGACUUGACGAAAGGAGAGAAGAAGAGCAAAGUGAAGAAAGAAGAGGCAAGGCCCUUUCCCUGACUCUCCUCUUCCAGGGGACCCAAUGAAGUGGUUACUAGCUAUCCUAGCCAUCAGCAUCCUGAAUGCAUACAUCGCAGAGGAGAAUCCCAAGCUUCUUCAAAACCUGAUGUUCCACUCAAGCAACUUUGAAAACAUUUUGAAAUGGGACAGUGUUCAGGGAAGCCCUGCAGACACAGUCUACAGUGUGCAGUAUAAAAGGUACGGAGACCCAAAAUGGAAGCCCAAGGCCGAGUGUCAGAACAUUACUCAGACAUCGUGCAACCUGACCUACGAGACGAGAGACACCGAGGAGCAGUACUUUGCCAAGGUGAUGGCUUCUAGCCAAGGCCACGGAGACAUUGUGGAGUGGAGGCAGACGACAAGGUUCAGUGCCUGCCGAGACACGCUUAUUAAGCCGCCACUGGUGACCUGCAUCCCCAACGUACGGUCUGUAAAACUCGUUGUGCAUCCCUUGCCCACUGCCCUCUGGACUAGAGAUGGCCACCAGCAAACUCUAGAAGAGAUAUUCCCAGACCUAUUCUAUCGCCUUCAACUGCACAUCAACCAAACUUACCAAAUGCACUUUGAAGGGAAGCAGAAAGAAUAUGAAUUCUUUGGCCUGGCUCCAGACACAGUGUACCAGGGGGUCACCGUGAUUGUUAUCCCCACCCCUUUCAAGGAGAGUGCCCCCUACACAUGCCGAGUGAGGACACUGACAGACUGGACAUGGAUGUAUUCCUUCUCAGGGGUGUCCCUGUUUGCCAUGGGCUUCUUUGUAGCUGUGUUUUGUUACCUGAGCUACCGAUAUGUCAAGAAGCCUCCUAAGCAGCCCAAUUCACUGGAUGUCCAGAGAGUGCUGACCUUUCAGCCACUGAGAUUCAUUCAGGAGCAUAUCUUGAUCCCAGCCAUCGACUUCAGCAGUUCUGGGGGCCUGGUCCCUCCAAUCCAAUACUCCCAGGUGAAGAUACCUGGGGCCAGGGAGCCCCUAGGAGCUCCAUUGCCCCCUGGCUUGCCUGAGAUCACUUACCUUGGACAGAGUGAGAUACCCAUCCCUGUCCUCCUGGCUCAUGAGGCACUUGCCCCACCAUCCUAUGCCCCUCAGUCAAUUCCAGAGGUGGGACCACCUUCUUAUGCCCCACAAGUGGCUCCUGAGACAGAGCCCUCAUCCUAUGCUCCUCAAGCCCUCCCUUAUCCAUGGCCCCCAUCUUAUGGAGCCUGUAUGGAGAUCUCAGGGGGACAAAUGUCCCCACAACAGGCUUUGAACCGCAGAUGUUUCAAGGGGACAAUGGGCCAACCUCAGGCCAAGCAGAACCCAGCUGGACCCUUGUUGCCAAAUUCCCAGACAGAGGAAUGCCAGGAGAUUUCCAGAGAAUUCUUUCAUCAAUUCCCAGGACUCCAGAGAGAACAACCACCCAGCCCAGCCCUGCCCCUGGUUCACCCAACUGGUUCACUGGAAUCAAUAGCUCCAGGAUACUUAAGCAACCAAACCUCUUUGCUUUCCUCUGUCCAGGUGGAAGACCAUCCCUUUUCCCUCCUCUCCUCCACCCCUUCCCUCCUAUUUCAGCCCAGGAAACAGACUGAGGGAGCCUGGAGCCUGCUAGAUUCUGUAGUAUGUCCCAGGGAUGAAGUUCCUCCUCCAGGACCUGAGGGGAGCUGCCUAGGGCAGUCUACAGAGCUUGAUUUGCUCUUUAGAGAUUUGGACCUCACAGUACAGUGGGAGCCCUGAAGGAAAGUAUGGCGGGGAGCAGCACCCUCAUUGUGCUCUGACAGCCAUUGUGGCUCUCCCCAACCUGGAAUACAGCCCGGGGCAGAACCUCCUGCUGGUCACCCUGUGUCAUGGCUCUGGCCCUCAAGAAGCCCCCAUUUAUAUUAGGGUAAACACAGCUUCUGUCCUCAAGGAGACUGCAGUCACAGAAAGGAAACACAAUUCCUGACCUCCCAGAAAUCUCAGUCCUGAGAAGGAAGACGGUCCUACUUUAGAGGCUCUCCCUAUCUGCAUUUGGGGAACCCUUGGUCUGAGACAGGUGGACAUAGUCCUUGCCCUCAUGCGAUCUUCAGUCUGAGAGGGAAGACAGUCCCUGCCUAUAGGGAUCCCCCAUCCGAAAGGGGAGACAGUUCCUGCCUUCAAUCUGAGGAGGAAGACAGGUCCUCCAAGACAGCCCCUAGUCUGAGGAGACAGACACAGCCUCCACUUUGAAGGAGCCUCCCAGGGUGCCCCCCUGCUUAGGAGGGCAAUGCUCCCCUGCCUUCAAGGAGCCCUCUGCAAACAGACAUGAAGCUCUUAUCCCCAGAGAGCCCUCUGUCUGAGGGAGGAAACAGCUUUUGCCCGCAGGAAGGUCCCCAGUCUAAAGGAGGGAGGCAGGUCCUCCCAUGGAUCUCCAGUCUGAGGAGAUAGACACAGCUCCAAUCUUCAGGGUGCCUUCAUACUUAAAAGGAAGACGGCCCCUGCCCUUGGGGAGCUCCACCCCUUUUAGGGGAGAAGAACCUGAAGAGAAAGGGUUCUUAUAAGAAGAAGAUGGACCCCACCCCUAAGCCCCUGAGCCCCAUUUCUCCAAUUCCAAUGACCUUGGCAGCCCCCACACCCAUUCCUAAGAGGGUUUAGAUUCCACUACCAUAGUCUGUCUUUCCCAUACAAUCUCUUCCUAGAUACUGGCUGCCUGCAAACAUACCCAUCCUGCCUACAUUCAUGGCCUCCACUGCCUCUCCUAACAAUCACAUCUCAGUCACUCACAAUCUAGCUUUCUUCCUACCUGUUUGCUUCAUUGAGACUACACCUGUAAAAUGACCACAUUUCUUUUGAAUUUGCCAAAUCCAGUCUUCAACCUUCUUCAUCACUCUGCAUAUACUAUCAACUCUUCUCUCUGCUACAUACAUUCUCUUCCCCUCCCAAGCCAAAAAAUCACCUUGUAUUUACUUUGUUUAUAAUUCACUUAUAUUCAUAUGUAUACAUGUGUCCUCUCCACCCCUGCCCCUCCAUGUAAGUUUUCUGAGGGCAGGGACUGUUUCAUUCUCUAUUCCCAGUGCCUAGCACUUACAUGCUUAUCAGUUUGGUGAUUUCAUCAUGGGUUCAGUUUUCAUCUUUAUGCAAAUGACUCCCAAAUCAAUAUAUCCAGUCCAAUUUUCUCUUCUGAACUCCAGACCCACAACCCCAACUGCCUCCUAGACAUCUCCACCUAAGUAAUCCAUCACUACAGGUGUUUCACAAUAGACAGGUUCAAAACAGAACUCAUUGUACUUCCCAAUAUCAUUACUUCCUCAAAACUUUCCAGAUUUUGUCCAGGAUACCAUUUUCCUCAGCAGUGAGGUGACACAGUGGAUUGAGUGCCAGGCCUGGAGUCAGAAACAUCUGAAACACUUACUAGCUGUGUGACCCUGGGCA